AUGCCACCAAGACGUGGAAGAACACCAAACAACAACCCAGAAUUUCUUUGGGUUAAUCGAACGCCAGACUCUGAUCACCUAUCGGCCAGUCGACAGGAGCGUGACGAGUUGAGGACGAUCACCAGCCAUGCUAGAACGUGGCGCGCAGCUCUGAGGCGGCAGCAAAGGCUGGUGGCCGCUCAGACAGGUGCCAGUCAUGCUCAGCGCAUUGUUGGGUGGAAUAGGCAGGAGAACAGCAGCGUCGCAAGGUCGGAUCAAAGUUCGAGUGAAACAUCGGCGGCACCUUCUCCAGCAGCACUUGUGCCCUUUGCAGCCGACGAGGUCGCUCCUUUUGCAUACCUAGAAGGCCCCUCGGAUGCCUGGUGGUCACAGAACGCAUUCCAGUAUGCUACACAGUCAUGGCUACCAUCGAUAUUUCAAAACCUGGAUGUUUUUGAUCCUGACGGCUUAAUGUCUGAUGGUGUCGUGAGAGAUACCAUAAAUGCCAUUGUCCAAGGCUGUCUGCUCAACAGGAUGCAUAUGUUCUCCCUGCUGUCAGCAAGUACAUGUUAUCUGAAAUUCAUCCUCAAGGCACAACUUGACAAAGUCGACACCCCGGAAUAUUGCAUGGGAAAGGCUUUACAGUACCUCCGACACUACUUCGCGAGUGAUCCAAGAGCGAUCGUCAACGAGCUGGUCAUCUUUGACCUUAUGGCAAUAUCGACAUUUGAGAGAUACGUAGGAAAUUUCGAAGGAGCGAGGACGCAUUUCAGCAUGGUGCAGCAUUUGAUUGAGUCCCACGGUGGUCUUGACAGUCUGAAUAUAUCAUUACGUCUCGUCUGUCACGAGUGGGACCUACUUGCGGCUGCUGCAACUGCGGAGCGGCCGCUGAUACCAAUGACCUGGUAUUCUGAUGCUUCAUCACCGACACACGCAGAGGAGGUCCACCUUGAGCUUUUGACGAUCGGUGUGAGUCCCAGUGGUGCUUCUCUGAAUGGGUAUGCAAGUUCAACACCAUCCAUACUCUCAAACAUCCUCACCAGCAUCGUCGAAUGGUUCCAAGAGCAACAGCUACUCCGAAUCCUGCCUUCAGACCAAACAACCCAACUGCGCGUUGUAGCUACAAGGAGAUCCUAUGCCUUAGUCCACAAACUCCUGUCCACACCAGCCAUAGCAGUGACAUUUCCGGACCAAUUCAGCUCGAUAACCGACUCUUUGGAUGAUGAAAUGCUCGAAUGCAUCAAACAAGCAUGUCUGAUCACCAUCUCCGCCAGCGAAGAGGCACGAUCCGUGCGUGCGGCACCGGACCACCUUCGCCCAGUCCAACACGAUGACGGCCAGACCUUUGCAUUCUUCAACAUGCCCGUCCUGCGGCACGCCUUGACCGAAGUCCUCCAACGACUGAUGGGGCCUAACACUCAUGCUGGACAUCACGAUCACGGCCUGAUUCUGUGGAUCGCCUGCAUCGCAGCCCAGAAGUGCACUCAACAAGCACAGGGGCAGCAGCAGCAGCAGCAGUUCGAGGAAGCAGACCGGGACUGGUUCCUCGGCCUGGCGCGGCAGUUCGCCGCUCGCAUGCAGGUCGCUACGCUAUCUGGCCUCGCGGACGUCCUGUCUCGAUACAUCUACAUUCUCAACCCAGAUGCAUCGCCGAACACCGCGGGACUUGAGACAGUGCUCGGCUAG